UCGAGCCAACAUGGCGGCUCCUCUGGAGGUAAUUCUAAGCAGUGACUCCGGUUCACAGCUCUGGAACUGCACCGUGUUCGACCCGCACAGCGGCUCCAGCCUGCUGUCCUAUCGGGGCGGUAGCAGCGCGGCCCGCAGCCUGGCGGUGCUCCGGGGCGAGUACCUGCUGUCCGCUCAGCUCGGCAAGAACUUCAUCAAUGUGUGGGAGAUCCAGAGGAAGGAUCAGCUGCAGCAGAAGAUCGUGUGUCCAGGUGUGGUCACCUGUCUGACUGCCUCACCUGAUGGACUCUUCCUGGCUGCUGGGGUGGCCGAGGCCAUUUACCUGUGGGAGGUGUGUACAGGUAAGCUGCUGUCUGUCCUCAGCCGUCACUAUCAGGACAUCACCUGUGUGAAAUUCACCGACGACAGCAGCCAUUUUGUUUCGGGAGGAAAAGACAACUUGGCUCUGGUGUGGAGUCUGUCCAGUGUGGUCCAGCUGGAUUUAAGCCACGCCCCCGAGCCUCGCCACGUCCUGUCUCGUCACUCCCUGCCAAUCACAGACCUGCACUGUGGCCUGAUGGGAGCUCAGGCCAGAGUCGCCACCGCCUCCUUAGACCAGACUGUCAAGGUGUGGGAGUUAUCUUCUGGAGAGCUGCUGCUGUCUAUCCUCUUUGAUGUGGAGAUUAUGGCGGUGACCUUUGACCCCUGCGAGUACUUUGUGUUCUGUGGAGGAAGUGAUGGAAACAUUUUCCAGGUGUCUCUGUGCAGUCAGAGUCUCAGUCGGGAAAAAGCCUUUCAGUCUGACAACGAAGGGAACCAGGUGUUCAAAGGACACAGGAACCUGGUGACGUGUCUCUCGGUGUCGAUGGACGGGACGCUCCUGCUGUCCGGGUCACAUGACGAGACGGUCCGGCUCUGGGAUAUCCAAAGCAAACAGAGUGUUCGCUGCCUCACGCACAAAGGUCCGGUGAUGAACGCCGUCAUCAUGGCAGCUCCGGCCAACAUGUUCCUGCCCGACAGUCGGCCCACCGUCCCGCUACCGCGCUUCAACCGACACCUGCACGCCUCCGAAGGCGACGGCGGAGAGUCGGGGGAGGUGUGCGUCCGCCUUGGCCUCCACGUACAGGAGGAAGAGGAAACAUACCUGCAGAAAGCUGAUCGGCUUAACUCCUUAAUGAACGCUGUGACUGACAAGUCAGUGUUCGGUGACGGUGAAAACACGAAGGUUCGAGUUGCAGAACUCGAAGAGGAAGUUCAGACUCUGAAGAAAGUCAACAAAGAUCUGUACGACUUCUCCAGCCAGCUGCUCACAAAACCCACAUAGACACACAAUGUACACACAGCAACAACACACACACACACACACACACAUUUCAACAAACACACACACAUU